ACUCAUAUGCUCGUAACAAAAGAAGCAUUCGGAAAAAUCAAGCGGCUGUCGAUUGUUCUAGGUUAUACAGAAGCUGACAAUAAAAAGUUUAUAUUUAAUUAUAAAAUUUACGUCUUCGCAUUUUUUUUCUGCAUCAUCACAAAUAAGUGAAAGUAUUCAUGUGAUUGUUAAUUAAUAAGUGAAAAAGUUACAUUCAUUCCAUAUCGUUCAAAAGAAAAAAGAAAAAAAAUGAGUAGAAGAAGAGCCCACGAUGAUGACGAUGGAUAUGAACGCGUUUACAAGAAACGAAGACGAGUAUCGGAGAAUCAAGAGAUUGAAGAUCGUCUCGAAUCACUUAUUUUGCGUGUCGGUGAAAAAUCGACAUCAUCACUUGAAAGUAAUUUAGAAGGAUUGGCAUCAGUAUUGGAAGCUGAUUUAGGUUUAUUUCGUAGUAAAAUUCUACGAAUAUUAACUGAUUGUGCAAUUAAAAUGCCAGAAAAAUGUACAAUAUACACAACAUUGGUGGGUUUAUUGAAUGCAAAAAAUUUCAAUUUUGGCGGUGAAUUUGUUGAUUAUAUGGUGAAAAAUUUUAAGGAAGCAUUAAAAAUUGGCAAAUGGGAUGUAGCAAGAUAUUCACUUCGUUUUUUGGCCGAUUUAGUUAAUUGUCAUGUAUUGUCGUGUGGUUCAUUAAUGCAAUUAUUUGAUAGUAUGUUGGACGCUGCUAAUGAGGAUAGUGUACCACAGGUGAGACGCGAUUGGUAUGUUUUUGCUGUAUUAUCAACAUUGCCAUGGGUUGGACGUGAGCUUUAUGAAAAAAAAGAACAGGAAUUAGAUCAUCUUAUGGUGACAAUUGAAGUGUUUCUCAAUAAACGCAGUAAGAAACAUCAACCGGCAUUAAGAAUAUGGUCAAGUGAUACACCACAUCCACAGGAGGAAUAUUUAGAUUGUUUAUGGGCGCAAGUGAGAAAAUUACGACAAGAUAAUUGGGCGGAGAAACAUAUUCCCAGGCCUUAUCUUGCGUUUGAUUCAAUUUUAUGUGAAGCGCUUCAACAUAAUUUACCAACACUUAUACCGCCACCGCAUCAUGAAUCAUAUGUUUAUCCAUUGCCAAAUGUUGUUUUUCGUAUGUUUGACUAUACCGAUUGUCCCGCUGAGGGUCCACUAUUGCCCGGUAGUCAUGCAAUUGAGAGAUUUUUAAUUGAAGAACAUUUACGGCAAAUAAUUGAUAAUUAUUUUUUUGAACGUAAAGAUUGUGCAUCACAUUUAUUGAAUUUCCCCUAUAAAUUGAAAAUACCACUCGACUAUUGUAUUGUUGAAGUGAUGUUUGGUGAAUUAUUUCGAUUGCCAACGCCAAAACAUUUGGAAAUUGCAUAUGGUUCGAUUUUAAUAGAACUUUGUAAAUUGCAACCAUCAACAAUGCCACAGGUAUUGGCGCAAGCGACGGAAAUUUUAUUUCGACGUAUUGACAGUAUGGCUGCAACGGCAUUCGAUCGUUUUGUUUGGUGGUUUGCAUAUCAUUUAAGUAAUUUUCAAUUUCGUUGGUCGUGGGAGGAUUGGGAUUCGUGUUUACAACGUGAGACGGAACAUCCACGUCCAAAAUUUAUACGAGAGGUUCUUCAAAAAGCAUUACGUUUAUCGUAUUAUCAGAGAAUUCGUGAUAUGAUGCCGGAGUCGUAUGCCAGUUUAAUUCCAGAACUUCCGGAACCAAUUUACAAAUACUCCGCGGAAGGUGCAAGCGCUCUACCUGGAACGACAACUGCUCACGAGCUUGUGAUGUCAAUAAGAAGAAAAUGCACUCCAGAGGAAGUUUUAACUGUUCUCAAUACUCUGCCAGGAACAGGAGACGAAGAAACGUUCAAUCCCUUGAAAAUUGAUGUUUUCGUUCAAACUUUACUCAAUCUUGGAUCGAAAAGUUUCAGUCACAGCUUCGCGGCAAUUGGCAAAUUUCACUAUGUGUUCAAGGUUCUCGCCGAAACGGAAGAAGCUCAAAUUUGUAUCCUAAGAAAUAUGUUCGCUCUCUGGAAAAAUCAUGCUCAAAUGAUGGUGGUAUUGACUGACAAAUUAUUGAAAACUGGCAUCAUUGAAUGCAGUGCCAUCGCAAAUUGGAUAUUUUCUAAAGAAAUGUCUUCAGAAUUUACAAAACUUUAUAUUUGGGAGGUUUUACAUUUGACAAUAUUAAAGAAAAAUAAGCAUGUUAUUAAAUUGACAAAAGAAUUAACUGAGACACGUGAAAAAUUACGAAGGGCCGAAAGUAGAUCUGGAUCAUCAUCAGAGGACGAUGAGAACAAAGAGAAAAGUGGUGAGAGACCAUCGGAAGAUGUUGUUGAACGUAUGGAGGAAAAACUUGAAGCAGCGCAAGCUGAUCAAAAAAAUUUAUUCCUCAUUAUAUUCCAACGUUUUAUAAUGAUUCUUUCGGAGCAUUUAGUGCGUUGCGAUACUGAUGGCGUUGAUUACAAUACACAUUGGUAUCGUUGGACUGUUGGACGUCUUCAACAAGUAUUUUUACUGCAUCAUGAACAAGUUCAAAAAUACUCGUCAACAUUGGAAACAUUGCUUUUCACAUCAGAUCUCGAUCCACAUAUACUUGAUGUUUUCCAUCAAUUUGUCUCGCUUCGUGCGUGAAUAAUUUGCAAAUUUUCACGACCAAUAUAUAUAUAUACAUAUAUAUAUAAACAAAGCAAGUAUCGAAUUAUAAUUUCGUUACUUUGUGACAUGAUUAAUUUUGACUCGUUUUAAAAUCCAUAAUUAUACUUAUAAAAAUCAAAGUGAUUAUUCACUUUAUAUUUCUUAACUUAAUUCAUAAUCGAGCAUAGAUUAUUUAUUAUUUUUUUUCCUCAGCUAUAAAUAAAAUUAAACUUAACUUUAAUUUUAAUAUAAAUUAAAAAUUUGGGAAAAAAAUGUAAGGUAAUUUACAUAAUUUUUUUUUUUUUUUUUUUUUUUUUUUUUUUUUUUUUUUUUAUUAA